AUGCAUCAAUCGGCUGCAGCUGUGGCCUGCUGGAGACCUCUGUGGGAAGAGGUCUGCGGUGGCAUGGGCUGCGACAAGGUCCCUUUGGUCCGGCAGACUCCGAACCUGCACCUCCCUCUCACCGGGCUGGGCUCUCCGUGCGUUGGCUGCUCACUUCAUGAAUACGAGGCAGCUGGCGGCGCACUGCAGCUGAAUUCGUUGACCGUUCAGCCAAGCCCCGGCGCAAUUGUGCGGGUGAUGCAACGCCGACUCACGCUCCUCGUGUGCCGCCCAUCCCGCGCGGAGGGCUGCCGUAGCCACAGCAAAAAAGUCCCCGAGGAUACUCCGAGCUCCGACAACACCGCGAAGGAAAUCAUUCAACCCCGAAACACAGUAGACCCCGUGCGGUGA